GAAUACCGAAGAUGGUAGAUUUACUCAUGCAAGUUUUGCAAGUAUGGAGUGGUGGGAUGCAUUGAAAUAUAUCAUCGACACGGUUCAACCAAUAUACAAGUUCCUCCGCUUCGCUGAUCAGGACAAGAAGCCGAACAUUUGCGAAGUCGUGACGGCCUACCAGACUAUGAAACAGGAGCUGCGGUCUUUCUUUGGAACAAAUGUUUCCACACUGAAGGAGUAUAUUCAGGUGGUGGACGACAGCUGCUGUCCUAAAUCCGAGGCAUUGCAGGAGUUUGACGUGUUUCGGCAGAAGGUUGGCAAGUAUGGCAGUGAAAUGGCAAUUCGGAUGGCGAUGGACCCAAAGACAUCCCCAUGGAAGAGGAAGUUGCAGAAGGGGCCUACGAAGGGUUACCCGAAGCGUCCAAAAGGCAAAGGAACAGCAAAACUAGUGUGCAGCGACACCGAGACUGAUGAUGGCGAAGGUAUACAUUGCAUAUAUAAAUGCACACAUAUUUCUGAUUAUGAGUAUUGA